AUGGCCUACAACAAUCUCCCCAACCCCUCAAGCACCGAAGAACAGGGCCAAGAGCAAUCCAACGAAAAUAAUAAAAUAUGUCAAAGCCAUACUCGCCAUUCCUCAGACGAAGAAUCAACUAUUGACUAUGAACCCAACCUUUCCCGCGAGCCCACCAACACCAGCGUCUUGGAACGUACACUAUCGGUAGUGCGCACUCGGGAAUCUGGCAAAGAUCUCGGCCCGCCCCCAGAUGGUGGAUUUCAGGCUUGGUCUCAGGUUGCCCUCGCACACUUCGUCAUCUUCAAUACAUGGGGCUAUAUCAACAGUUUCGGUGUCUUCCAGACAUACUAUUCCCAAACACUGGGACAUUCCCCUUCAGAUAUCUCCUGGGUUGGGAGUAUUCAGAUCUUUUUGUUAUUUUUUAUUGGCACUUUCUCUGGCAGAGCCACGGAUGCCGGCUAUUUCAAAUUCACAUUGGCCUCUGGUGCUAUAUUGGAAUGCUUUAGUAUCUUCAUGACCUCGCUCUGCACGAAGUAUUGGCAGCUAUUCCUGGCACAAGGUGUUGGCCAAGGAAUUGGAUGCGGGCUGAUGUUCUGCCCAACCUUGGCUUUGGUCUCGACUUAUUUCGCCAAGAACCGUGGAAUCGCUAUUGGGCUCGUUGCCUCUGGCUCUGCGACGGGGGGUCUUGUCUUCCCAGCUGUUAUCAUGAAGAUGCUGCCCCAGGUCGGAUAUGGGUGGACAAUCCGGGCGCUGGGCUUUAUCUCAAUAGCCACGCUGACUCCAUGUGUCUUGUUCCUUAGGCAGCGUCUUCCUCCACGCAAGAGUGGUCCAAUUGUUGAGUGGUCUGCCUUCACCGAGCUGCCCUACUUGUUGUUUGCGAUUGGCAUGUUCAUGAACUUCUGGGGCCUGUAUGUUGGAUUUUUCUACAUUGGCAGUUUCAGUCGUCACAUCAUUGGCGUAUCAAGCAAUCGAUCCAUUGAUUUGCUCCUGGUCAUGAAUGGAGUUGGAUUGGUCGGGCGAUUGGUCCCCAAUCUACUUGCUGAUCAGUUCACCGGUCCUCUCAACCUGUUGAUCCCGUUCAGUUUCGCGACAGCCUUAGUUGGAUACUGUUGGGCGGCAGUCACUGGUAUGUCCGGGCUGUGGACAUUUGCCGCAUGUUAUGGCCUCUUUGCUGCGGGUAUUCAAUCGUUAUUCCCAGCGACCCUUAGCACCCUCACUACUGAUAUGAAGAAGAUCGGUGUACGCAUGGGCAUGGUGCUCAGCGUGGUGGCAGUUGCGGCCCUUAUAGGGUCUCCUAUUGCUGGUGAGCUAGUUGUUCGCAAUGAUGGAAACUACCUGUAUGCCCAAAUGUUCAUGGGAUCUGCGAUCUUCAUCGGUGGAUUGACGUUAAUUGGCGCCCGAGUGACUAAGGUUGGCAUUGGUCUGGCUCGAGUUUGA